ACGCUGACGCCGGUCGAUCCCCUGUGGAGCACCAGCGGGUACCGCGACGCUCUCAAGCAGGGCUUCCAGCUGCAGUGGGACUCGGACAUGAAGACCGAGCGGUGUGAUGACUGCGAGAGAUCCAGUGGAAAGUGCGCCUACAACACAUCCGGGGAGUUCGUGGCCUGCCUGUGCGCCGACGGCCACGUGACCGACCAUGGCUGCACCAACGGUACGCCCUCUCUGUCUCGUCCGACCUUUCAUUUUCUCAUCCGAUCCCUUGGUUUCAGUUUGCUGAGGGGGUCUAUCUAUUGCCUUGCUGCUUCCCAUCAAACCUGUUUUCGUUUCAAAUUUUACCUUGACACCGAAUCUUGCUUUGCCUCAACCAAAAAAAUAAACAGAAGUUGUACAGACGGAUCUGAAUGGAAGGAUGAAAGAUCUGUAGACAUCAGUCAGCCAGUUAGCAAGUUUAGCCAUAGCCUGUUAGCAUGACCACUUGACCACCAGCUUGAUACAUCUUGGGGCCUACUUGGCUACUUCAUCUUCUUCCUCUUGGGCCUUCGAUGCUAGUUUCCUUCCAACCGCGUGCCUACCAUUCUGUAGUUUUGCGACCUAAAAGCUGUUUGAUUCGUCACAAAAUCAAGAUUUUUUUUAUUACACGAGUUAGGAUGAUCGAGUUCAAAGUGGUAUCAUGAACUUUCUGAUCAGAGUAGGCCUGCAUCUGUAUGUGGGAUGCAAAUUUCACGUGCACGGCCCCAGAACUAGCCAUUCUGACCAGUUCUUGUCCUAAUCUGGACGCGAUGUGUGCUGCUGUGGAACGCUCUCUGUCCACCAGAACGUCAACAGCUCGGACCGCGCGCGCUCAUUUCUCCACGGCUGCCGUCGGCGGGAAUGAGACAGAACUUGACCAGGGCCAGGGCCUUCGGCUUCUCCGCGUACUCCAGUCUGCCCAUCGCAGUCGCAGGCACACACCUUCCUUCUAGAAAUCACCUGCACUGCACAGUGGUGGGAGCAAGCGGCUUCGUUUUUCAAAAGCUGAAUCAACCUUCCGGAACCCCACUCACCGAAACUUAUUUUAUUUCUGUCUGCCGUAGCAUUCAUAUUGCAUCGUUUCUUUUUUGGGCUAUUUAAACUCAUACUGCAUCGUUGAACAAACAAACGACCUUCCUUCUAGAAAUCACCUGCACAAAGACAAUAGUAGUAGUAAUAAAGAGAAAAAAAGGCAUAGACAGCUGACGACAAAUACAGUAAGUAGUUCUUUGUUUUGACGCCAAGUGACUAGCCAAGCUCUGGAGUCGCCGCGGGAUAGGGAGGGCAGAGUGCGUGUCUGGUCAGGUAGCGCUGGUAGGCUGCCAACGUCAAGUGACUGCAGGCAGCCGCCCCACAUCAUAUCUGGCAUCGUGUGUCGUUGCGUUGCACAUCGUACGUGGCAGCCACCCAACCUUCGACCGUACCGCACGGCUACCUGCACAGCUGCACUUGCCACUGCCAAAGCGAGGCUUAAAACAUUGCCUCCAAAAAAAAUAUAAAAAAAACGGAGCCAGCCCAAACCGCGCGCCAGAAAUCCCCGAGAGCUGAACAGAGCUCAGAGCUGCCAUGCGUUCCCCGAGCCACCACGACCGAGACCUCCUCCUCCUCCUCCUCGUACUCGCGGCGGCCGUCGGGUCCCGCAGCGACGAUACGCACGCGUGCCGGUCGCGGCCGUACCUCUGCGGCGGCGUGAACAUCAGCUACCCGUUCCACCUCGCCAGCGACGCCACGGCGGUCCCGGGCCACGAUGGCGAGUCCUACUGCGGCUACCCGGGCCUCGCCGUCAGCUGCGACGGCGGCAACAAGGCCGUCCUGAACCUCGGCGACCACGACUACACAGUCUCGCGCAUAGACUACGCCAACCAGACCGUCUCGCUCGCCGACGCGGGGGCCAGCAGCGGAUGCCCCGUCGUGGACCACAACGUGACGAUCCCGCAGGACGUCCGGCUGUCCCUCCUCCACAGCAUCGACUACCUCCUCUUCUUCGCCGGCUGCUCCUUCGGCCCGGGCGCCGGCCCCGACCCCAGGCCGCCGAAGCCGCCGUCCAUCGAGCCCGUCACCUGCGGCGAGUCUGGCGACCUGGGCAAGCCGGCCGCCGCCAUGACGUUCGUGCUCCCGCGCGCCGAGGUGCCUCCGGGCGACUGGGCGAGCGCGUGCCGGAAGGUCUUCCAGGUGCCGGUGCUCAAGGGCUCCGUCCCGCCCGACGCCCAGCACGACCCGCUGUGGACGAGCGGCGGCGGGUACGGCGAGGCGCUCCGCGCGGGGUUCCAGCUCGGCUGGGACCGCGGCUCUGGCCCGUGCGCCCGAUGCGAGCAGUCCGGCGGCAAGUGCGGGUACGGCCGCGCCGGCGAGUUCCUGGGAUGCCUCUGCGCCGGCAGCCGCGUGGACGGCGGCGGCGACUGCAGUAAGAUGUCAGCCGGCUCCUCCGAUCUGCCUUGGUUCGGGCCAAAAAGUAAAACAGCAGUUAUUGCCGGUGUCGCGGCUGGCGCUGGUGUUGCAAUACUUGCUGCUGCCAUUUUUUUGUUCGUGAGGCGCAAGAGAAAGCAGAAGAGAGUGGUCAACUCGUCUUCGAAGCUCCUCAAGUACAGCGGCUCUGGCGGGACCCCGCGUUCACGGGUCGGUGACAUGGAGUCCGGCAGCAUCGAGGACCCGCCUACGCAUCUCUUCACCUACGAGGAGCUUGAGGAGGCGACCAGUUGCUUCGACGAAAACAGAGAGCUCGGUGACGGUGGCUUCGGCACCGUCUACAAAGGGUACCUCAAGGACGGGCGCGUGGUGGCGGUGAAACGGCUGUACAACAACAGCUACCGGCGCGUGGAGCAGUUCCAGAACGAGGCGGCCAUCCUGUCGGGGCUACGCCACCCCAACCUCGUCAUGUUCUACGGCUGCACGUCCAGCCAGAGCCGCGAGCUGCUGCUGGUGUACGAGUUCGUGGCCAACGGCACGGUCGCCGACCACCUGCACGGGCAGCGGGCCGCCGAGCGCGCCCUCCCGUGGCCGCUCCGCCUCGGCGUCGCCGUGGAGUCCGCCGCGGCGCUCACCUACCUGCACGCCAUCGAGCCGCCCGUGGUGCACCGCGACGUCAAGACCACCAACAUCCUCCUGGACGCCGACUACCACGUCAAGGUCGCCGACUUCGGCCUCUCCCGCCUCUUCCCCCUCGACGUCACGCACGUCUCCACCGCUCCCCAGGGCACGCCAGGGUAUGUAGAUCCAGAGUACCACCAGUGCUACCAGCUGACGGACAAGAGCGACGUGUACAGUUUCGGAGUGGUCCUGGUGGAGCUCAUCUCGUCCAAGCCCGCCGUCGACGUCACCCGGCACCGCAACGAGAUCAACCUGGCCGGCAUGGCCAUCAGCAAGAUCCAGAAGUGCCAGCUGGAGGAGCUCGUCGACAUCGACCUGGGCUACGAGACCGACCCGGCCACCAAGAAGGCGAUGACGGCGGUCGCCGAGCUGGCCUUCCGUUGCCUGCAGCAGAACGGCGAGAUGCGCCCGCCGAUCAAGGAGGUGCUCGAGGUGCUCAGGAGCAUUCAGGGCGAAUACCAGACGGGGAAGGACGGAGACAAAAACAAGGACGGACCCCUCUCUCCCACCACGGUUCAUGCUCCGUGGGAGAGCAGGGCCACGACGCCCAACACCAGCAGGGACUAGACCAGUCGGUCAGUGUCAAGGACUGGAGACCGGAGAAGUUGCUGCUGCUGUGUGACUGUGAGGCAUGCCAGAUUGCCUGUCAUUUGUUUUCAGGCUUCGCGGUCCGGUUCCUGCUGAUGUAUAUAUUUGUUUUGUUGGGUCUGUCAGAGCUGAGGGAAUGUACAUAUAUGUGAAAGAGUGGUGAAUGAUAUAUAUAAUACACAUAUAAAUAAAUGAGUACUAGUAAAUAGAUGUCACUUGUGCC